AUGAGUGAAGAGGUUUAUGAAACAAUUCAAGGUUACGAUGAGGAUGAGGUCAAGGGAACCUUUGUUUUUAAAUUCAAAGCAGUACCUACGAAACCGAGUGGAAAAUUUUGGAGUAUAGAAGCCAUUGGUAUGUCCGAAGCAGCGGUGGAGAAAGAUGAUGACGUUGCAAUUAAGGAGUUUGAAAACAGCGCAAAAUCUACAGAUUCUAAUGAAGCGAUGGAUUUUCAUCAAACCAUGAAAAGGUUCUUUGGAGACGCAGAAAUGGAUCUUUGCGAAUGGAUUUCAAAAUCGUACCUCUCAAAGAGAUCUUACUUGAACAGAUUAGAGAUUAAACUUUUAGGAGUCAAGUGCAAUGCUAAACAAGAUGAGUUCACUUCUCUCUUAUUUCCGUCUGAUUAA